CUGAUAGUCAAUCAGGCAACCUGCUGGCUGUUUGCUACAAUAUUCUCUGGACUGGACCUUAUGUCUUGGGCUGUUACUUCCCAGCAGGUCUCUGCAAGGUCUUUCUUGAGACUAUGGAAAGCGACUCUUGCAGAGUCCCGAGCCAGGCAGCCCCAGUGCCAGUGUUUGAGGAUAUCACAGUUUUCAGUGAAUCCCCAUGCUUUCACUAGUAGGAGACCUGUGCAUCAAGAUAGUAUGAAGGAGAGCUCCAUCUCUGCGGGCAAAGAGUUGCACACACCUGUCAUGUUAAAAGAGGUGCUUCACUGUUUGGGCCUCAAGCCAGGACAGGUUUUCCUGGACAUGACCUUUGGAGCUGGAGGUCAUACCAAGGCUAUUUUGAGUGCCGUGCCUGAUGUGAGAGUGUACACUCUAGACCGUGACCCUGCGGCUUUUCAAAUGAUGCAGCAGCUAUCUGAAGAGCACAAGAGCCAGGUCACUCCCUUGCUGGGGCGCUUCAGCGAGCUCAGGGACCUGCUAUCACAGCGCGGAGUUGGGCCGGGCUUGCUGGACGCUGUGCUACUGGACGCUGGUUGCUCAUCCAUGCAAUUUGACUGCCCGGAGAGAGGCUUCUCCCUCAGCAAAGAUGGACCCCUGGAUAUGAGAAUGGAUGGAAACAGGUACCCCGACAUGCCCAACGCUGCUGACGUGGUGAAUGCCUUAGAUCAACAGGCGCUUGCGUCCAUCCUGAGCACGUACGGGGAGGAGAGGCACGCCAAGAAAAUAGCUUCAGCGAUUGUCGAAGCACGCAGCAUCUACCCCAUCACCAGGACCCAGCAGCUGGCCGGCAUCGUGGCAGGAGCAUUUUCUGCGUCUGCUCUCUAUGCCCGGAAAGACCUGCUCCAGCGUCCGGCACACGUUGCGACCAAGACCUUUCAGGCCCUGCGUAUCUUUGUUAACGACGAGCUGAACGAGCUGUACGCAGGCCUGCAAGCUGCCGAGACUCUCCUUAAGCCCGGCGGACGGCUCUGUGUCCUCACCUUCCACUCGCUGGAGGACCGCGUGGCCAAGCGCUUCUUCCAAGGCAUCGACCAGGCCAUGGGGCCCUGCCAUAACGUCAGGGAAAAGAUCCGCCAGCGCAGAGCGCAGGCACUGGAGGACAAGGAGGACGAGGCGGUUGCGGCCACCAAGCAGGCUCGCUGGGCUUAUCUGCAGAACAGGGUGAUGACACCUCUCAUGGAGGAGGUACAGGACAACCCACGAGGACGCUCUGCAAAACUCAGGGCAGCUUGCAAGCUAUAGACCUGAGAACCUCCCAGAUGUCUGUAGAUCCACCUUCAGAAUCCUUUUCUUUUUUUUUUUUUUUUUUGUUUUGCUUUGUGUCUGACACUUUGGCAGGACCUGUGUACCCGGCAAUAUAUGAAGGCUCAAGUCAUGUGUCUUCUCUGAAACCUGCUAGGAUGAGUAGG